CCAUGAUGUCACCGCUGGAGCGGAUUGGCGGCCUCUCGCCUUCUCCUGACAGCGGUGGGUAGGGAGGUCGCCUCUCGCUCUCAGUCGUGUGACGUCAGGCGGUCGCCAUUUUGAAGCGGAGAAAGUGAAGCGCGCCCGUUGCUGGGGGGAAGCCGCCGUUCUCGGUCCCUGUCACGGCAUCAUGGAGAAAUACGAAGGGGACGUGACCUUGGAAGAGAGCGGCGAGGAGAAGCAGGAUUCCCAGGAGAAGGAAGUGGUUACACCUGAAAAAGCAGAAGAGCAAAAACUGAAGUCCAAAUACCCCAAUCUAGGGCAGAAGCCUGGAGGAUCGGACUUCCUCAUGAAGAGGCUUCAGAAAGGGCAAAAGUACUUUGAUUCCGGAGACUACAACAUGGCAAAGGCCAAGAUGAAGAACAAGCCGCUGCCAUCCCCCGGGCCAGAUAAAAACCUAGUCACUGGUGAUCAUAUCCCAACGCCGCAGGACCUUCCGCAGAGGAAGUCGUCACUCGUUGCCAGCAAGCUAGCCGGGUAGCCUACCCCCUCCCAGACCGGACAUGUCCACAGUUCACUGUACCAUAGAGCUGGGAUGGCUGGACUCUCACAUUAACACAUCACCUUAUCAGUGCUGGAAAGGCCAGUGCCUCAUUGUCCCGCAAUGCUUCACUGGCCGUUCCUCCCUGAGUAUAAGCUUCUGAUCGCUUUCCAAGCAAGCCAGCAAGACCGCUGCCUGACUAGAGACUUGCAGUGGGUGAUGGACAAAGUGUGAUGCGUUCUUGGUGCAGAUAUAUUGGUUAAGACAAUUAACUGACUGUUGUUAUAUAGUGUAAAAUAUAUCUAUGGGUUUUGCAUUCCUUUGUGUGUGUGACACAGGCAUGCUAGAGACUUGUCACCGUGGCGAUAUUGCCACCCUUUGGAAAAUUGACCAUGUGAGUGAACGGAGUCGAUUGUCUUCUGCGCACGAGGCCUGUGACCCCCCCUCCUCAUCGGGGCCUCGACUGGAUUAGAAAGACCUUAAAAAUUGUCCGACCUUUCAGUGGUGUAAGAUAAUAGAGAGCAUGAACAUCUACUCUGUAAUUGUGAGCUACUAUGGGAGCCAGCGGAUUUCAUGCAAUCCUUUAAGUAGGCUUUGUCUGUCUUUUGUGCAAAUGGUACAUAGUGAUGAGCCUGUAUCUUUGCCCUGGUUUAUAAGGCCACAUGGAGCUACAAAGUAAAAACUGACACUUACAAUUUUAAAUUGUACUCUGUGUGGUAGUUCUGUGCUUUAAUUAAACAGUUACCCUUA